GUAAGUACUAGGUACCUAUGUAUGUACCUACCUACCUACUAUCUACCUAGGUAGCAGCCGGGUGUUCCUGUUCCCCUCUCGACUCUCGACACCAAAGUGCUACUUACUUACUACUGCUGUGCUCUGCUCUGCUCGGCACCUGUUUGCGGGAGCAAAAAACCGGUUGAACCAUUCAUUGCUCCUUCUCCCAGCCUUCACCACAUACUACAUAUACACAUACAUACAUACAUACAUACAUCCUCAACCCCGUAAAGUACGGCUUCCCGACCUCAUGGUCCGCUUUUCCACCGCUCCCACCUCAAUCCGAACCUACUACUAGCUAGACCAGUGCAUAUAAUACAGCCCAUCUGGGAUCCCUCCCUCGGUUUGUUCUUGCUGCAUCGACUGCGGGCGGAUAUCAAGAAAUGAGCCCCUCCGGUGACGUGGCCUGUGUUCAAGAGAACACCCACGGCAGCAACGAUCACCAAAUAAGCCCUCGCAGCUUCGCAAGGAUAGAAUGCCCUUCCCUGACUCAAAUUCUGUCCGAGUUGGCUCCACCGUCGCCGGCACUCACGUUCGCGGCGACCCAAUCAUUACCCUCUGAGGAACAGAAAGUCCUGUUCGAUUCUCUGCGGAGCUCCCUCAAGGGCGCAGAGGAGCAUGGGGGUCUUGAAUGUUUCGAGGCAAUCCCGAGUAUUCUUCGCACGCUCUGGGAAUGCAAAUCGCUCUAUCUAGCACCGGCCGCAGAGGCUUUGGCGAACGGCAGCAGAAACGCACCAUGGAGGGUCGCAUACGGGCAAGCCGGAAUCUUGGAUUUCUUCCUCCAGCUUAUAGCAUCCAAGGCGUCUGUUGAUGACAAACUUCUUCUUCAUGCAUUUAGGCUGAUUGGCAACUCCUGUGCUGACACUAACGAGAAUAGAGACAGGGUAGUGAAAUCCAAUUACACUUCUGCUAUUGUACAACACUCAAGUAACCUGGAGCUCAUCCAAGUGGUCAUACCGGUCUUGUAUAACACAUGCAUUGAUUAUGCACCCGCCCAGGCCCAAUUGGGUGCCAAUAAGUUACUAUAUGUCCUUCUUAAGCUGGUCAAGGAUGGCACGCUUAAGGGUCGCGAGGCUCUGGUUGAUUACGUUUUUGAGCUUAUAGAGCUAAUUGGAGAACAAGCAUUGACCCAGGCAUGUUUGAAAACAAAUCAAGUCCUCGCUGAGAUAUCCGCAUCGGAUUCAUUUGCGGACUUUUACCCCAUAGAAUCCCCUCUUAUUCAAACUUUAAAGGCUUGGAUGACUUCACGUGAAGACCAAUUGCAAAUAUGCUCAUGCGUCAUGCUGGGCAACUUGGCCCGAUCAGAUGCAGUCUGCGAAAAGAUGGUUCGAGACUUCAACAUACAUCAAGAUUUGAUAUCGAUCCUCAGAAGUGACGCUAAUGCCGCGGUCUUGCACUCCGCGCUGGGCUAUCUGAAGAACUUGGCGAUCGCCGGUGAUAACAGGUUAAUCUUCGGGGAGACUGGCAUAAUUUCUUCGAUCUCACGCUUGUGGCAAUACGAUUCGGUCCCACAGGUCCAGCUUGCCGCGACCAGUAUCACACGACAGGUGAUCAUAUCAACAAUUGAAAAUAUCUCUCGUCUGCUCGAAGAACUCCCCGAAGAAGGGGAUGACUUGACUCCCAAACGAACGUAUCUGUCGCUGUUGCUUAAGUUAUUCCGGAAGACAGAUUCAACCCCGAUUAAAACCGAGAUUGGACGCAUCGUUACUUCCGUAUGCCGCACUCUGGUCCCAAAGUCUCGCGAACAGGAUCUCGCUGCCAAUGAUCUUCUUGAAAGAGUCUUCGACUUGCACGAGGAUGUCGCACUCCCGGUUGGUGCUAUGGUUACCCAGUCACAGUGGCCCGUUGUCCGGAGUGAAGGUUGGUUCGCACUGGCCCUGAUGGCCUCCAGCAACGCGGGCUCCGCGGCUGUUUCGAGAUGCUUGCCAGACAUGGGAAUUCUCCCCUUGAUCGAACAAACGUUGGACGUGGAAUUUCCAGAGCCCACCGAUGAAACAGAGGCAACCCAGUUGGACAAAGAUCGGGGUAACAUCGUCGUUCUCCUGCAGGAAAUCUUGAAGAAUGAUCUGGCCGUGGACGGGGAUGAAGACAAUGGUAAAACAGCGGAGAUGCAAAUGCUGGAAAUCUCGCGCCAAGAGGUGCAAAAGACCAUCGCGGAAGAUGCGCGAGGUCUGAAAAGGCUCUUUCAGUCUCUGUUUGUUUUCGGAUACCAUUACAUUUACGAUCCGGUAGCUACGGGCUUCCGAUUCAUUCAUUUGGUCAUUAUCUUCUUGCCUGUUAUACUCGCGGCCCCGUCUGUAUGCUUCGGGAGGCCAUCGAAAGACCAUGAGAGGGUACGUACAGGGACCCUCUGGUGGUAUAACUUUUUGGUUAAAUCCAUGGAACGUGCAGGUCCAGCAUUCAUCAAGCUAGGGCAGUGGGCGGCUUCGCGCACCGACAUCUUCCCCCCGGAGCUAUGUGAGAUCCUGUCAUUUCUCCAUUCAAACGCACCCGCGCAUUCGCUGCGACAGACUAAAAAGACCAUAAGGAAGGCCUUCAACUGGCUGCCCUUCGAGGACAUCUUCGAGGAAUUUCAUGAAGAACCCUUGGGGGUAGGUGCUAUCGCGCAGGUCUACAAAGCGAAACUGAAGCCCAAUCUUAUGGGAACUAGUAACGACAGCUUUGAUACUCACUCGUACCGGCUACGGGACAAAGUUCGAAAGAAUGUUGGGGCGUUAGUCAAGAGCUCUCCCCAGCGGGUGCCGUCAUCUUAUGUAGCCAUCAAGGUGCUCCAUCCUAGGGUAGAACAUGUGAUUCAUAGAGACUUGAAGAUCAUGUCCUUCUUUGCAUCUCUGAUCAACGCGAUCCCCACUAUGAACUGGCUGUCACUGCCGGAUGAAGUUUAUCAGUUCGGGGAGAUGAUGAAGCUGCAAUUGGACCUCCGAAUCGAGGCAACAAACCUAGUCAAUUUCCGUGAGAAGUUCAGGACCCGAACCACCGCCUGGUUUCCAUACCCAUAUCUUGACUACUCUACCCGUGAGGUGCUCGUGGAAGAGUUCGCUCAGGGUAUCCCGUUGUCCACCUUCCUUGACAUGGGCGGAGGCGUUUACCAGGAAGAGAUUGCAAAUGAGGGCCUGGACGCAUUCCUCCACAUGCUCCUAAUUGAUAAUUUUGUCCACGCAGACUUGCACCCGGGUAAUAUUAUGGUCCGUUUUUAUCGACCAAGUGAAUUGGGUUUGUCGCUUGGCAACAAGUCUCGCGCAUCGGAUGCGCCGACCGCAGCCGAGGUCGAUGUGAUGGAAUCUGUUCUCGCACGGCUGCACCCUCACGUCAAUAACCGGCGCGACUGGCAAAAAACGCUCGAUGGCCUAAACGCCGAUGGUUAUCGGCCCCAGCUCAUCUUUAUCGAUACUGGACUGGUGACCCAGCUGAAUGAACUCAACCGGCUCAACUUCAUUGACUUGUUUCGCGCCAUUGCGGAGUUCGAUGGAUUCCGCGCAGGCGAGCUCAUGGUCGAACGAUGCCGCCAGCCAGAAGCGGUUAUCGAUCCGUAUUACUUUGCAUUGGGGAUGGAACAUUUAGUUCUGAGUGUAAAGUCACGGACCUUUGCAUUGGGAAAUGUCAAGAUCGGCGACGUGCUGAGUGAGGUGUUGACUUUGGUCCGAAAGCAUCAUGUUAGGCUCGAAGGUGAUUUCGUCAAUGUCGUCAUCUCAUGCCUUCUCCUUGAGGGGAUUGGGCGUAACUUGGACCCCAAUCUAGAUCUCUUCAAGAGUUCUCUUCCCAUUCUUCGAAAACUUGGGUCCAACACUACUUCCCUGAAGUCCGUUCGAUCAGGCGACCUGUCUAUGCUCCGUGUAUGGGUUGGACUCGAAGCACGUGGACUGCUCCAGAGUAGCAUUGAAAGCGUUGAACAUACAUGUACCGAAAGGGGGACAUUCGCAACGAGGAAGCCACGAGUUCUUCAAUCCGCUCAAUCUCAUGCCGCGAUACCCAGGCAGACCACUGCUACUCGGUUCGAAUCAAGACCGAACCCCUCUCUCCUCCUACUCUUUGACUCGUUGCGUGUGCGAUUGCACCAUGGAUUGCUACUCGGUUAA